CGCGUGUAUCACUACGAUAACCUCGGUACCGGCGUGCAUGUGUACGUGGUCGACUCGGGCAUCCGCGCCUCCCACCAGCAAUUCCGAGUCGUAUCCUCACUGACAUCAACCACCCCAACCACCAUGUCAACCGCCAAAACCUCCUCCUCUUCCACCUCCUCCGCUAGCCCCAGCAGCCCCUCCUCUGCUACAACCCCCAGCACCGCCCCCAAGUCAGCCAUCGUCCCCGGGAGCGCCAGUCGGGUCCGGGGCGGCUUCUCCGCGGUCACCGCGGGGUCACAGGACCCGACCCAGAUCAGCAGUACGGAC